GAUCUUUGUUUCGCGUUGGCGUCAGCUUAACCCCGCCUUCCCGCUAGGCAACAACGUCAAGAGAUUCCCAGAUCUUCCAAGACAGUCUUAUCAAAUCCUUCAGAAGUAAGCGAUAACUGACUGCGAUCAAACAUCUUUCAAAUUUGAUUUUUCUUGGAAUCUAGAGAAAUGAGAAGAAACCAUGAGACUUGCCAUCAUAAGGCUAAUCCUGGCCAGGCCACUCAGACUGUGCUCGGAAGCUCGGCCGAAAGCUUAGGACAAACUUGCGACUUUCAGUUUCCAAUAAUACAUAUUAACGAGGCUUUAGCAAGCCAUUUUUCCAACGUCAAAAUGAUUGAUACGUCUGAUAAUACAUCCGAUGACGCUCUUAGUUCACUGGGCGAUAGCGCAUUCGAGGUACUCGGGGACUCUGCCAUGCUUCCCUCGGAGGACGAGGAGCACGAUGACACUACUGAUUCUCUGCCAUCAUCUGAUGCUCAUGAAUAUGCCGAAGACGAAGAAGAUGAAGUUGGUGAUGAUAAUAUUCCAGACAGAGGGACCGCGACUGUGGACACUGCCGGGGAGCGAAUGGAACCCGACAUGCUCCUCAGCGAUCAUCAGUGGCUUCCUAGUGUGAGCAGCACUUCCACAGCAUUUGACCAAGACAGCGGGACCAGCAGUGCGGCAACGAUUAGACCUCCGCUUGAGCAGUCCCAUCGGCGCGAACUUUCUGUGGAGACAUAUUGCAUCUCGGAUAAGGACACUGAGGUUACGCGUACCAUUCGCGACUUCAGCGAGUCAGAGACGUCUGAAAUUCUCCAGUGCUUACACGUAAAGAAUCCGCCUUCAAAAAUUACUGCUGCAGUGCACCAGACACUUGCGAAUCAAAGAUUAUCAGUUGAAAGGCCUUUUAGACUUCUCUAUACAGGUAAAUCUUGGGCAAAGGAGGAAAUAGUCGCCAAAAUCGGGGCCGCCUUAGCGGUUCCUAUGCAUGGAAACUUGAACUUUACAUCUCAAGGUAAAUCGUCGCGUUUUAACAUCAUUCCAGUGUCAUCCUUCACUGUCGAUGGUUAUGCUACGCCUGAAGUCGAGCUCAUCGAUUCUUUUGGGCUCGAGCUCGUUGUCGACGAAUGCACGUCUGCUGAACCUAUCAGAGACUUCUCCCGGUCUGACGCAAUAAAUUUAACUGUCAACGAUCAUGUUUCUUGCCAAUCGAAAUGGCUUCGGUCUGGCUACCAUCUACAGUCCUCAUCAAACUGGGAACUCCCCGAUAUAGCUCUAUUCUUCUGCUCAGACGAUGAUGAUACUGAAACUCGCCUCCUCCGCCACCAUGCCCUGAAUGUCAUGGAAAGACACGCUGUUCCAUCUGUAGUAAUUUCCAAUACGCCCUGGUACAGACGGCCAACCAUGAAUUUUACGUUGAAUGAGAGGAGCAUACAUAUAUGCCUGGAAGCUUGCAGUUUGGAUGGAUUAAGAAAGAAUGUUCUUAAGAGGCUACCAGUCGACCUGUUUACCUUUUUGAACAUAGACGCCGACCAAAUGAAUCAAAAUCUCGCUUGUCUCACGGGACUUUUUCCAGGCGGACAUCGAAACAAAUCUGCAGAAAAAAAUGGCACAUCUUCGAUUCCUCCUAGCACAGCGUCUGUCAAAGAUGAACAUAAGAAUACCCGCUAUGUUGCGACAUUGACUUCAUUUGCAGGGCGACAUCUCUCAAUCUGCUUAACAAUUGCAGGCAUCCUAUGCCUCUGUGCAUUCAUGGUAUCAUCUUUUCCCGGGAAAAAUUAUCAAAUUACUCUCUCGCGCAGGUCGGAGCAAGGUGUUCAUGUUGCUCUCCCUGCGACUUCUUUUACCCCGAGUGAGUCGCGAGCAACGACGUCUAGUUUCACGGCAAAUCAUCUCAGUCGUGACGCGGGACCGUCUACCAAAUCUAUCGCAGUUCCGAAUGGAAUUGCUACUGCUGUAUCUUCAAUCUCUUCAGCCGAGCAUUUCUCGAAAACUUUGGCUUCGUAUUUUAACCCGUCCGACCAGUUCAAGAUUCACGUUAUCGGGGAUUCUCAUGUUCUUCUAAAGCCUCCGCAAUAUUUUGCAUCACUAAAAAGUCCACCGAGGCUUUUUGUCCAGGUCAACCGCAGUGAUGAUAUCAUCAAUGCGCAUUGCUCCAAACUGUUUGAUGGUGUCUACGCAUUGGAUCUAGAACAGGAGGAAGCUUACGGGCUGCUAAAUAUUUCUCUUUGGACAGAAUCUAAGCCGUACCUGGAGCAGAUGUUUGAGGUUGACUUUGGUUCGCCGAGAGGAAGACUGGCUCGCUGGAAGGGCGCAGCAAGGAACGCAACGCAACAGCUACGGACCAGCUUGAUCAGAGCCCAGUCGGAUGUUCACGCACAUCUUAUCAAGCUACCGACAAGUUUGCGGAAUAAACUUGAUCAGGUUGCAAUGAAUGCAAGGCAGAUGCAGCGCCGCACAGAAAGCAUCAGUAACGGAAAUUUCCCGCAGGCUUUCACGCGGGCGUUACCUAGUUCCGAGAGAAUCAAAGGCGACUUUGAUAAGCUCAUGAAUCGGUUCUCUGAUUUCUCCGAAAGCCUCAUGUCCAGGAGCGAAUCAGCGACGAAAAGGAUGCGUCGUUCCUGGGCGGCAUAUUCCCGAAACAUGGCCCAGAAAGCUAGUGCAAUCUUUGACUCUAUGGAUGCUCAAGGUGUUACGAAUUCGCUCUUGAAUUUGCCCCGCUCGCGUCUUUUGCAAAAGGCCCACGAGCGGGCGGUCAGAGUUUGGAGAGAGAAGAAGUCGCUGCGCAAGAGCGCCGCUUAAGCUGCCAGUGAAGAUGCCAACAGAACGCAGGUUAAAAUAUACCCUGUCCGGAUUUACCGACUAUAAUUACUUUGACAAAGCUUUCGUUGGCUCUCAUACACCUCACCACUCUUUCGUUUUAUAUGGGCGUCUGGAAGGAGAUUUUACCCGGGAUUUUGUCAGUCACCAACAUAUCAUGUUAAAUCUUCACAUCUCAUCCCUUUUACAUUAUAUCAGUAGUGGGAAUACCGGUAUUGCAAAGAUGUGUUAUCUCAGUAGCUCUUAUUAUUGAAAUAUUUAUUCUUUUGUCCAAACAAUUCAUGACGACA